CAUACACUACACUAGAACUUGUUAUAAAACAUGGCAACCGAGCUCUUGUGCAUGAGCCCUGGAUGCCUCUUUACACACAAAGUUAGUACGUUACAAAGUGCACGGAGGCCCCAUCAUGGCAUAGUUACCUCGACCACGUCUUCCCGGACCUCUCAGCUGGUAAUUCGCUCUUCAACCAGACAAAGUUCGGGUUUAACAGCAGACAGACAGACGGCUAAUUACCAGCCAUCUUCUUGGAGCUACGAUUUUCUGCAGUCCCUUGAAGCUACUUACCAUGUUGAAACAUACGAGGAGAAAGUGGAGAAGCUGGAGAAAGAAGUAAGACUCAUGAUUAAUGAAGAGAAUGCUUCGUUUGUGGCCUCACUUGAGUUGAUUGAUGAGAUCCAACGGUUGGGAUUGGGAUACCGUUUUGAGGAAGAUAUAAGGAAAGCCCUUGAUAGGAUUUCCUCACUGGAAGGAUUUAAUUCUGGAAUCGAGAAAAGCCUACACGCUUCUGCUCUCAGUUUCAGGCUCCUUAGACAACAUGGCUUUAACAAUGUUACUCAAGACAUCUUUAAAAAUUUCAAGGAUCAUAAUGGCAGUUUCAAGGAAUCCCUCUUCAAAGAUGUCAAAGGCGUGCUAAGUCUCUACGAAGCUUCACAUCUCGCUUUCCCAGGAGAGGACCUCUUAGAUGAGGCCAGGAAAUUCACACGGAAACAUCUCAAUGACCUAAUCAGAUCAGGUAAUUUAAGCAAAGACGUCGCUGAGGAAAUCAGUCAUGCAUUAGAGAUUCCUUUGCACCAAAGAAUGCAAAGGCUGGAAGCUAGACGCUACAUCGAAGCAUAUGAUAAAAGGUCGGACGCUAAUCGAAUCCUACUCGAAUUCGCCAAGUGGGAUUUCAACAUGGUGCAAUCCACACUGAAGAACGAUCUGAAAGACUUAUCGAGGUGGUGGAAAGACAUGGGAUUGACAAACAAGUUGAGCUUUGCAAGAGACAGACUUAUGGAGUCCUUUUUCUGGGCUGUUGGGAUGGCGUUUGAACCUCAAUACAGCAACCUCCACAAAGAGUUAACAAAAGUGGUUGCUUUCAUCACCGUCAUCGACGACGUCUACGACGUUUAUGGCACUGUGGAAGAACUAGAGCUAUUCACCGAUGCUGUUGAAAGAUGGGAUGUCAAAGCUGUGCAGAAUCUUCCAGACUACAUGAGGAUAUGCUUCCUAGCUCUCUACAACACUGUCAAUGACUUGGUUUAUGACACUCUCAAAGAGCAUGGCGUGUACAUUCUUCCUUACCUCACAAAAGCUUGGGCUGAUAUGUGUAAGGCUUUUCUACAAGAAAAGAAAUGGACCCAAAACAAGGAAACGCCCAGUUUUGAGGAGUACCUCGAGAAUGGGUGGAUGUCAUCAUCAGGAGGACUCUUAUUGGUUAAUGCAUAUUUGUUGAUGAUCCAAAAUAUCACAAAUCAAGGACUUGAGAGCUUAGAGAAUUACCAUGAUCUCUUGCGAUGGCCGUCUGUUAUUUUUCGGCUUGUCAAUGAUUUGGCAACUUCAACGGCGGAACUAGAGAGAGGUGAGACUAACAACUCAAUCUCUCGCAUCAUGAGCGACAGAGGCCUUUCUGAGGAAUAUGCUCGUCAAGACAUAAGAAAUUUGAUUGAAGAAACAUGGACGAAGAUGAACAAAGACGCGACUUCUGACGAUUCUCCGUUCGCAAAGCCUUUUGUGGAGACGGCAAUUAACCUUGCCCGGAUUGCGCAAUGCCAAUACCAGCAUGGAGAUGGCCAUGGAAAUCCCGACGCUGGAUCAAAGAACCGAGUCUUGUCUCUUAUAAUUUAUCCCAUUCAGUAACAAAAAUCUUUUCUUUCUUCUUUCCUCAUCUAAUAAUUUAGAAAACGGAGACGCUAUAAUGAUGUAAGAAAUGGAUACAGAAAUAAAUAUGUAACAAAUAGACAGGAAUAGAGCAUAAUCUAAAUGUGUUAUGUAAGUAUUCUGUUUGAAGGAAGUAUAUAUGUGUGAUCCUUUA